AUGGAGCUAUUCAGACACCUCCACUGCCUUUUUCUCCUUCUCCUCCUCCUCUCGUUCUUCAAGACCUCAUCUCCUUCACAUGAAAAACCAUUUCCUGACAACCAUGACCUCAACACCCUUCUAUCCUUCAGGUCCUCUUCUAAUCUCUUCAACCCUUUUCUUCAAACCUGGGAAGGGAGAAACCCAUGCUCUGGUUCCUGGCUCGGUCUCAAAUGCAAACAAAAUACAGUAGUGAGUAUCAGACUUGACAAUGCCUCUCUAGUUGGCAGCGUCACACCACUUCUUCAACUAAACAAUCUCAAAGUCCUCAGCCUCAGAAGAAAUGCUCUCAGUGGCUCAUUGCCGCCUAUGACAAACCUCACACACCCAAAUUUGAAGCGCCUCUUCCUCUCCCACAACCAACUCAGUGGAACUCUAAGUAUAAAUCUCCCCUCCUUGCUCUCUCUAAGAGUAGAGUACAAUGGCUUCUCUGGUGACCUUAAAGACUUCCAUUUGCCUCUCACAAUGGACUUCAACGUCUCGGCGAACCACCUUGCCGGAGAAAUCUCUCCAACUCUUUCAAAGUUCCCAAAAUCAUCCUUUGGAAGCAAUCUAGCUUUAUGUGGAUCACCUUUUCCAAGUUGCAAGAAGGCUGUAAAAAUGCUUAAUAGAGAAAAACUGGCUGACACCACAGUCCUCGCAGUAAGCAUAGGAAAUAUAAUUUUGAUUUGUGUGACUUUUGCCUUUCUCGUUUUGAUGUACUUAUGGUUCAGAAAGAAAAAAUCAAUUUUUCAGCUUCAGUCUACUGUUCAUAAUUUUCCUCCAGAUAAGAAAGAUGAGUGUGAAAUCGUUAUAUUUGAAGGAGGAGAAAGGCUUAGUUUGGACUGUCUUUUGAAGUCAUCGGCUGAAGUGCUUGGUAAAGGAGUUUGUGGAAGCACUUAUAAGGCUCUUCUUGAUGAUGGGAGGAUCGUAGCAGUUAAGAGGCUUAGUUCAGUGAGGUUUGGAGCUCAUGGAAAGGGACAUUUCAACAGAAAAAUGAGACAAAUUGGAAGUUUGAUCCAUGAGAAUGUUGUUUGCCUUAGAGCUUAUUAUAAUUCUAAUGAGGAGAAGCUUCUGGUUUAUGAUUAUAUGCCAAAUGGAAGCUUGCAAUCGCUUCUGCAUGGAAGCAAUGAAAGAAGGCCACUUAAUGGGGUCUUAAACUGGAGUAACACAAUCCAGAUAUUGAAGGGAGCUGCUCGAGGACUCCAUUUCCUCCACACUUACACUUCGAGAUCUCCUCUAGUACAUGGAAACAUCAAACCAUCAAAUGUUCUCAUAGAUUUUGAUGGCAAUGGAAGAAUAUCUGAGUGGGGCUUAAUGUCCCUAACCAAUACAAUUCACCAACCAAAUUCUUCCUCUUCAACUAUUUUAUACAACAAAGCAGAUGGUGAUAAUUCUUCAAAUUGGCAUAACUACAAAGCCCCAGAGCUCUUGAGAGGCAAAGCAAAAGCUACUCAGGAAUCAGAUGUGUAUAGUUUUGGAAUGGUGAUUUUGAAAGUGGUGACUUGUAAGGAGAUAGAGGAUGGUGCAGGUGAAGAGGAGCUGAUGUGUUUGAUAAAGAUUGGGAUGAUGUGCACAACUGAAAGCCCUGAGGAGAGGCCUCAGAUGGCUCAGGUUCUAUGUUUGAUGAAUGAAUUCUUCAGAGUUUAAGGAUUCGUUUGGUACGGUUUUUUUAUUGCUUCUUAAAACAGCUUUUGAGUAUAAAAAUUUUAUUUGUUGUACUAGAAAGUUGCUUUAAGAAGCGGUGAGAAAACCGUCCCAAACAAAGCCUAAA